AUGUCUAGUGUCAGCAUCGGGGAUACCGUCGUGGUUCCUGGUGACAUGUACGGCGUUGUCAAAUUUAUUGGUCCAGUAACAGGGAAAAAGGGAACAUUCGCCGGAGUACAACUCGCUACAGAAUAUGCAGCCCGAGGGAAGAACUCAGGCGAAGUCGAUGGGAGAUACUACUUCAAGACUACAGUGCCAGGCUCCGGAAUAUUCCUGCCCCUGGAAAAGGCCGUCAAAAAGACCAUUGGUCCUGUCGGCCUCGGUGUGAGGAAUAGUCCAGGACCAGGAACACCAACAAGACUGAGCAGCUUCAAUCAAGGAGGAAGGACACCAGCUAUUGCGCGGCCCAACUUCAGUCAGUCGGUAGGUCCUGGAGUCCGAGCGGGCGCAGCCAGUCCGUCACUUAAACCGCCUGUUCGAAGAGAAUCGUUACCACGUCCAUCAAGCCCGUUACGCAAGGUGAACACUCCAGCCGCGAAGCCCUUGACGACGCCUAAAGUGAGGCAAAGUGGCAUUGGCCUAGCCAAAAGCACAAACGGUGCUCAUAGACCAAGCCCACGGCCCUCGAACACCUUUGCUCAAAAUCUGCGACAGAGCACAGCCGUGUCGAAUAAUGCAAGGGCAAGUCCGUCGUUGGGACCCGAGUCCAGCUUCGAUGAAACACAAGAGCAGGAGGCAGACUCUACACCGACGCCUACGCCUCAGGUCAAUCGGACUGCUGAUGCCAACGUUGAAAAGUAUGAGACAAAGAUAAGGGGACUGGAAAAUGAGCUUAACGAUACCCGACGUGAGAUGCGCGAGCAGAUCGCCACUUUCGGCGAGAUGGAGCGCAGUUUCAAUGAAUUGCAAAAGCUCCUGCCCUCGUUGGAGCAGGAUAGCAGGAGAGGCGGCGAUGAUGACGAUGACGAACUACCUCGAGACGUGAUCUCGCUCCGCGAAGUCAUCAGGGAGAAGAACGAGAAGAUCAAACUGCUUACGGCGGAGUUUGACGCCAAUCGAGCGGAUUUCCGCUCCACGAUUGACACGCUGGAAAUGGCGAGCACAGAGACGGAACGAGUCUAUGAGAAAAGGGUCGAUGAAUUACUAGAAGAAGUCAGGAAUCUACAAGACCGCAGUGAAGACGUGGAAUCCGUCGCGCUACAACUUAAGCAGUUGGAAGAACUCGUCCAAGACCUCGAAGAGAACGUGGAAGACGCGCGACGAGGUGAAGCCGAAGCACGCGGAGAAGUCGAGUUUCUCAGAGGAGAAGUGGAGCGCUCACGGUCCGAACUGCGACGGGAACGCGAACGCUUGAGAACGGAGGAACAGCUCAACGGAAACUCGGCCGGCGAUGUCGACGAGCUUAGGGCGCAACUGAGUUCCAAGGACGACGAAAUUCGAGGUCUCAAGGCGAUCAUUCAGAAUCUCAACGAGACUCAUGACACUGCUCCGAAGACGAACGGGAUUGCUACCAAUGGAUACAAAUCCACCGAGGACAAUACCGAAGACGAGGCGGAUGAAAAUCGUCUUAGUAUGCGCCAACAGAUCCGUGAUCUGGAGGCAUUGCUCCAACAAAAGAGCGCACACGAAGAAGAACUCGCGAACGAAGUCAAACAACUACGAAGCAGCGUCACACUUUCCAAGUUUCCAAUGUCCGGUGCGGCGUUCGGCAUCCACACCGCUAUCAGGUCGCCGGGCGGUCAUUCGAGAGGGAACAGCGCGGAUCUGGACAAGAAGCAUUUAAGUACAGGCACGACAGGCAGUCAAAAGACCGUCGUGCUGACCCCACAACGAACGACGCAUGGGUACGGACAACAUGAUCCCGCGGACGAUGAUGGGGCCGUCUCGAGUGCGUCUGUCUCCAGUGCCGCGCUGUGGUGCGAGAUCUGCGAGGAAUCAGGGCAUGAUAUCCUGACUUGUACGAAUAUGUUUGGCCAGCAGACUAGUCAGAGCCAGGGAGGCAGUCUAGGCAGGAGAUCAGGCAAGGACGUGGUUCGCGAAGGAUUGCGGCGUAGCGAAGAGAACAAACGUCAGACAGAACCAGCCGCAGGCGGGCGGCUGGGUGUGGACGCAGAUAGGCCCGCACCCCUGAUGAGUCGCAAGGGCAGUUCGACUUCGGUCUCGCCACUAGCGAGCCUGCCGUCUCCUGGGCUUGACGGGCCGGAGGAUGCACUACCAUCACCGCCACCGCCGCCGGUGCCACCGAAGUCGACGACGGCUAUGAUCGAGGGGACGGGUGCACAGGCCGGAAUGCUCGCUGGACGGGCUAGCGGCGUGAUUGAUCCGGAGAAAUGGUGCGCGCUGUGUGAGCGCGAUGGGCAUGAUAGUGUGGACUGUCCGCUUGAGGAUGAUUUUUAA